AUGCGAGUGGUGCGGGGUAAACGCGGCUGCAGUCUCACGACGGGGUCGUGGGUGCUCGACAAUAACCGACCCGCGUACGACGAGAGCACGUGUCCACACCUCAAGGUACGGAAUCAGACCCUUGACAAACGAAAUACGCGCAUCCACGCGGCUGCAGUCUCACGACGGGGUCGUGGGUGCACGACAAUAACCGACCCGCGUGAUGAGAGCACGUUUCCACACCUCAAGCGUUACUCGUGGAAGGCGCACGAGUGCGGCGCGCAGCCCCUUCGAUUUGACGCGCGCAACUUCUUGGAGAAGAUGCGAAACAAGAACAUCUUGUUCGCGGGAGAUUCGCUAAUGUGGGAGGGUUUCUUCCCGUCGUUCCUCUGCCAAGUGCACCGCGCGUCGCCCGCGCGCAAAGUGAACUACGACAGUCGCUUCAAGCAGACCACGUGGACGGUGGACGAAUACAAAGUCACGCUCAUCCACGUGUGGAGCCCCUUUCUCAUGGACUUUAGUUCCGACUCCAAGGUACUUAAGAGGCUUAAGGUCCAGCACCCAGCGCUCGGUGACACCGCAGUGAACCUCUUUCAACCGGACCCCAACUGGACGCUGCUGCUGCCGCACGUGCACCUGGUGCUGCUGCAGUCUGCCACCCACUGGCCGAAUGCAGACAAAUGGCUCCGCCGCUUCUUCACCGACCGCAAGUGGCAGCUGCUGCCGCGCCAGCCUGACACCUUUGAGGCGUACUCGGGCGCAAUGAACGCGGUGAGGGAGAGGCUGAGCCGCAAGCCAUCGAGAAAAGGCGGUCGCUACGUGGCCUACUUUCUCUCGGCGCCUCCCCGCCUGGCAGGCUGCCAGAACACCGUCUCUCUCAGCCCCCCGGCGCAGGUGGCUUACCUUCGCUCCAAGAACGCACAGAGCAAGAUCUGGUUCCGCACGCAGAAGCAGCUUUUCGGGCGGCGGAACUCGCGUGUGCGACUCCUUGACAUCACGCACCCGUCACUCGCGCGUGCCGAUGCCAUGAUUGGGUCGCAGGGCAAGGCUAGCAGGGACUGCCUGCACCCGUGCCUGCCCGGGCUGCCUGACAACUGGGUUGACUUGUUUUACGCUGCCUGGAUGGCAGACAAAGGCUUCUUCUGA